AUGAAUGAAUCAACGCAUGUGGCAAUCGACGAGGAAUCCCCGAGCUCGUCAUCUCACUUGCUGGCAACGCCAUUAGAAGUGACAAAGCCGAGUCCUCCCAGUACAGUAGUUUCAACAUUACUGUCAGUGAAAGAAAAACUGUCAAGCACCAUUGGGUCCCUCGAGAGUAGUUGCUCGCCCCAAAAAAUAGCUGUAGAAGACAGCGAUAACGAUAACGGCGUCAAUUUAUCUCGGCAAGCCGAUGUCCCUGUUGGUCAUAAAAUCCUCGAGAAACAAGAAUAUUAUCAAUUACGAGAAACUUAUCGGCAACAAUCAAGAAGUUCACUGUCAGCAGAAGCACCCGAAGCAAAUUGGGACACGAGAAAGGAUAGCGCGGUGUGUCUCGACGACACUGAGUUGGACGAAUUGGACGAACUCAAGGAAAGAUUGCUCCUCCAAAAAGUCGUUCCCUAUGAUUCGAUAAGGAACUUGUCCUCCGAUAGCACAAUUACGUCUAACAGUAGAUUGCCUCCGUUACCAAACAACCAACGGAUUCCCGCAGUUUACGCUUCAUCCUGCAAAAACAGUGAAGAGUUGAAUCAAUUGCAGAAGGAUUCAUCAGUUAUAAAUCAUCCGACUUUAGCUAAGUAUUAUCGUCCGAGACGCGAAAGCAGUGGUUACUCCAGUAACCUGAGUACUUUUGAUGAAGAUCGCAGAAACUCAACUACCAUCGAAACACUACAAGGCUUCAGCAGCGCGAAAGAUUUCCAGAGAGAAAGGCGAAGAUCCUCGUCAGCAAAACGGCUGAAUCUCAACAGACUUGCAUCCACUAGAGAAAGAGAAGACGAAUCUGAAAGAAUGCCAACUUCGGAAGUUAUUUAUCGGAAAGUGUCAACAGCAGGGCUUAUUGAGAUGCCGAAUAUUAAGGAGCUUAAGGAAAUAGCUGAGGACGUUAAAUGUCCGUCUCCUGAUAAUGAUGAUGAUAAUGAUAUUGUAUGUUUGCCGGGAUCAAAAAACCAGUUGGAUGUCAAGAGUAAAGCUGAUGGAAAAGAAUCGUUGAGUUAUAUUGGGAUUAAGAAAACGUCAGUUUAUGAUAAAGAGUAUGAUAGUCAUCUUAAAGGGGAUGCUGAUGAUAUGUCGGAGGAUGAUGAACGAGAUUGUAUUGAUACUUUGAAUAGUGUCUCUGAGAGGUCAGAUUAUAAAAAUAUCGAGGAGAUCCGUGAUAGACUUGGACAAACGACCUUGAUCAGUUGUGGUGAUACUGAUGAAAAAAUGAGUACAGCAAUGCUGAAAGAUACGCGUCAAAGCAUUGUCGAUAAAUCUCUCGAGGUUUUAUCAAGGACACAUGACAGCGGAUUAAUAAAAAGUAAUCUAGAAUCAUGUUGCAGAGAAAAAGAUAAAAAAUCUGAGAUGGAAUUAGAAAAGAUAGUUUCUGGGAGAGAUAGUUUACAGCCUUUGAAGUCUGAUAAAAAGGUGGAUGAUAAAGGCAGAUUUAGAUCAAUAAGUAAAGUGAGUUCACGAUCCCAAAGUUUCAAUAUCGCUGAUGAAAGUCUUCGUAAACCUCUUAAAGGAUUGACGUCCUCUCCAAACUCAAGUCCCAAACCUACGAGGCAUCGGAGUAGAAUAAUUCAUCAGUACAGUUCGCCUUUGUCCUCGACGAUGGAGCUGGAAAGCAUUUCGGAGAGGCCUCUGGAUGACGUGAGCCCUUCUUCUUGUGCUACGCAGAAUCUAACUGUCGUUGUUGACAAUCACGAUGAAGAUGAUGGUGAUGAUGAUGAUGAUGAUGAUGAUGAUGGUGGUGGUGGUGGUGGUGAUGGUGAUGGUCUCAUUGCUAAAAGACGCGCCAAUCGCAUCAAGAAAUCGCAGAAACGGAAUGAAACUGAAGAGUUAGACACUAAGAAACUGUUCCCGAGGUCUGUUAAAGUCUACCAGCUGCUGUCGACCCAGUCUGAGGACCGCGAGGACGGAGAGCCCAGGCUUAUGGAUAGAAGAACAUCUCUGCAGAUAACUCGCCACGAUAUUGAAGAACAAGCUAUUCCUGGGACGACUCUGUGCAUCCCAGAUGAUAAGGUGCUUUUGCACACUGAAAGCGCACCCCUGAUAAAGUAUCAGCCGGUUCAAGAGACCUCGUGCUUGGAAGCUGGAUCGUUCAAUGCUGCCAGAUUGUCCCCGGUUGGAAAACUAGCUUCCCAUCCCAGUGGAGCUAAUCAAAGGCUGGGAGAUACUGGAGCCGUUGGGAUCAGACCUAUCUAUCCUUAUUGCCCUUAUUCGCCAUACGGUAGCCCGCAGGGAUCGCCUAGAAUACGCAGACGGCCACUUCGGGAAAGUAGAAGAGUCAGUAUUGAUAACAAGCAGGGCGCAUUCCAGCUUAAUCAAUACAAGUUGCUGGAUAAUAUUGGACAAGGUUCAUUUGGAAUAGUUAAAUUGGCAUACAAUGAAGAGGACGAAACUCACUACGCGAUGAAAAUCUUGAGCAAAAAAAAGUUGAUGAAGAAGGCCGGAAUUUUUGGGAGAAUGGCACCUGGAAGAAAAGGAGUUUCAAACCCUCUUGCCAAAGUUUAUCGGGAAAUAGCGCUACUUAAAAAGUUGGAUCAUCCAAAUGUGGUGAAGCUGGUUGAGGUACUCGAUGACCCGGAUGAGGAUAACUUGUACUUAGUCUUUGAAUUGGUACAAAAAGGCGAAGUACUUGAAUUGCCAACAGACAAACCUCUUGACGAAGAAACUGCAAGGAUUCAUUUUCGAGAUGUUGUUUUAGGCGUAGAGUACUUACACUACCAAAGAAUAGUUCAUCGAGACAUAAAGCCAAGUAAUUUAUUGGUAGACAGUGACGGCCGCGUGAAGAUCGCAGACUUAGGAGUAAGCGCAGAACUACGAGCUCCUGGUGAACUUUUAUCUGGAUCUGCGGGUACACCAGCGUUCGCUGCGCCGGAAACAACAGUCCCCGGUGCUCAGUAUUCUGGAACGGUGAGCAUUAGUUUGUCAAUAACUUCUAUUCGGGUAGAUUGA